AUGUACGUUAAGUGUGUUUUUCUAGCGUUAAUAUUUGUGAGUGGAAGUUCAUCAGUAAGUAUUGGUCAUAUAGCUGAAGCAAGUUUGAUCAGUUCAAUAUAUACAACAAAAUCGUUCAAUCAUAAUACUCUUCUUAAUCAAUGUAUCUGUUAUGGAAUCACAGGAAAUUAUUCGGCAUUGAAUGUAUUUUUAUCGAAUGAUUCUUGUCAAUUCUUUGUUAACAUGACAUUACCUUUAAAUAUAGUUAUUAAUCGCAGUUCAACGUUAUACUUAUUAAAACCAUUGCCAGAUAGUACUGUUGUUCCAUGUUGUUCUAACUUUACAUGGUUAUUAAAUGAGAUUAAAAGUACUGUACCAACAAUACUUAGUGUAAAUGUACCAAACGCAUUAGCUAUGAACGAUCAAAAUCAAUUAGCUCUUAUUUAUAAUGGCAUUUAUUUACGUUUGAUGUAUGCAAAUUUGACAACCAUUUCAACUGUUAACGUACCCUACAAUGCAUAUCCUUUGAGCUAUUCAAAUGGAUAUUUUUUUGUUGGUAUAUAUCCAAUUGUGUCACCUUAUACACUUUACAUGUAUUCUUCAACAAAUUUAACUCAAAUAGUUUCAAGAACAAAUCCCUAUGGUGGUCCACAGCGUGGUACAUUCUUGGAAAAUAAUACUAUAUUAUGUAUAGAAACACAAAAUGUUCCAAAUUCAACAAUUCUCUUUUAUAAGUGGACAUCAUCUUCCAAUUUUACAUUAUAUCGAACAAUCUCUAUGCCAAUAACAAAUGCUUACGGUUUAGCUAAAAUGAAUGAUGAAUAUUUGUUAAUAGCGAAUACGAAAGUGACCGGAUCAGUUUACAAACUAUCUAUAGUAAAUGGAACAUAUACCACGUUUGUAGCAACGACGGGUAGUCAGUAUCCGAUGUCAGUUGUAAUUGAUAACUGUGGAAGAAUAUGGAUUCCAAUUACUUCAUAUGGAUUGAAAAUAUAUGAUUCAACAGGAUUGCUACUAGGUACCUGGACGGAGUCAACAUCUUUGUAUGAUCUAGUAGUGACACCAAAUUAUGAUAUUUAUUUCAUUGAUCAAAAUGCUAAUAAAUUAUAUUAUUACCAAAUGAAUAAAAUAUGUACCUCAUAA